UAUUUAAUUCUUCUUGUACUCUGUUAAUCAGUCGUGUGUAUUGCAAUCAAAAACGGCAUGGACUGUAUAUAUAUAUAUAUAUAUAUACUUAUAGCCAAGUCACAGGUAUUGGGAGUGAAUCUGUUUUGUAUCGUGUAGGUUGUACUCCGUAUAGUAAUUGGUCUUGUUUAGUGAUGUAGGCUUGUACAAGUAGACGUCUUUGAGAUAUCCAGAUCAAUCAACAACUUGAAGUGUGUUGAAAGGGGGUAGAUGACAGCAAACGGCUGCGGUCAUGUUCAUGCAGGUGUUAGCUUGGGGUACCUGGUUGUGGGUGGGCAGGUGAUGGCCCUUGCCCUUGCCCUCGUCCCCGUCCUUGAUUGGGCUGCACUUUAUCAACACCACGGUGGUCUGGCGCGAUUCUCUGUUCAAUCGAUGGUGCUGUGCCGUUUAUAGCCGGUCGACAUGCUCCCUCCUUUUCUUCCCUCUGGCUCGUCGUCCCUUUUCUCCCUUAACUGUCAAUCAAUGCGACGAGUCUGCUGGUGACUGACAGUCCCCAUGAGGUCAGACCCUGGAUAGAGUUGAUCAAACUAUGGACCGUGCGUCAGUGGCUGGCCAGAGAGUCACCAACAGACAGUCAGUAUGAGCGAUUAUUUGCGCCCACUGCUGGAGCUGCCGUGCAAC